GAAGACUGCAAAUUCUGUUCAUGUCUGAUAUACAGGCAGGAUGACUCCCUCUCUUCUGCCUGAUAACCAUGGCGUACGAUCUGGUAACAGUUAUACUGGGAGUUUCCUGGACAGAGACUAUCCUGGGGUUGACAUUCUUCUUUCUGCGGUUUAUUAAUAACUUGCGACUGAUCGGAAGGUUCCGAUGGGAUUUUGUGCUGGCUGCACUGGCUGUGACCACCGGGAUAACAGCACAAAUCUUCCUGCAGAUAUCCGUCAACGCAGGCUUAGGCCAACACAUCGACACAAUCCCCGAAGCGCAUCGGAUCAUCGCCCUCAAAUGGGCCUGGGUCUUCCAGCUCCUCGCAAUCGCAACCAGCUGCUUCGGCAAACUCGCCAUCGUCAUGUUCCUCGUUCAGAUUCGCGGGAGACACGAGAGAAAGCCGUGGUUUCUGUUGAUUCUCGGCUGGCUGAUUCUCGUCUUCAAUGUAACCGUGUUUGGAACGAUCCUGGGGCAAUGCCAUCCGGUGCAGAAAUUGUGGGAUGAUAGUCUGCCUGGGAGUUGUGAUCCGGGACGGAAGAAUAAUCAGAAUUAUUCCUUCUUUCAAGCCAGCUUCAAUACCUUUUCUGAUGCGGCGUUGGCGACGUAUCCGAUGCAUUUGUUCUGGAAACUGCAGAUGCGAUUGCGACUCAAGGUGGCUUUGUCGCUUCUCAUGGGAAUGGGCUGGAUUGCUGCUGCAUGCUCUGGGGUCAAAACAUAUGAGCUCCAGGCAUUGACAACCACAGGGGACAUCACUUUAGAUGCCCUCUCCCACCUCAUCAUCUGGGCCUCGACAGAAGGCUGGAUCGUCGUCAUCGUUGGCUGCAUUCCUCCCAUUCGCCCGCUUAUCGAACGCAUCUUCCAGAAAUUAGGCCUCACCAAGAAGUCAUCCUCUCCCCUCCGACCAAGUGGUGCUUAUGGUGCGUUUGGAAGCAAUCCCACCGGCAGUCACUCUCAUUCGCAAUCACGCAUUUAUACCAAACAGCGAGUGGAUGAUAUGGCCUGGACAGAGCUGACCAGAGUGGAUUCACAUACUGGGAGCAAAGAGGAGGUUAUACCAGGGCCGGCGCAAGUGUUGGUCACGACGGAUAUUGCCAUGGAAUACGAGGGAUCGACAAUGCGUAAAGAAUCACUCGCGACCCGGGUGUCGUUGGGCGAUGAUCAUCGAGUAUAG